AUGGGUGAUAAUAAAAGAGUAUCUUAUAGUCCGAUGAAUGCAGAACUUCUCCGUGAUGAGAAAGAGCCUUUGCGGGAGGCAGAUUUAUCUUCUAAGGAUAUGGUGUGGGUUCCUCAUGAACGAGAAGCAUUUGUCGCUGCUAUUAAGCUUCAAGAACAAGGAGAAAACGUUGUAGUACAGCUCGUAGAAUCAGGAAAGAAAUGUACGUUUCCUAAGGAUUACGUUCAAAGAAUGAACCCUGCAAAAUACGACAAGAUAAAGGACAUGGCAAACCUAUCGUUUAUGAAUGAAGCAUCAGUUUUAAAUAACUUGAAGACGAGAUAUUAUUCAGGAAUGAUCUAUACGUACUCCGGAUUGUUUUGUGUGGUUGUUAACCCAUACAAACGAUUACCGAUCUAUGACGAAGAUAUAGUAGAGUGGUAUAAAGGAAAGAAGCGCCAUGAAAGACCACCACAUAUAUUCGCUAUUGCUGAUGGAGCUUACCGUAGCAUGCUUCAAGACCGUGAGGAUCAGUCGAUUUUGUGCACCGGUGAAUCAGGAUCUGGAAAGACCGAAAAUACGAAGAAGGUAAUACAAUACCUCGCAUGUGUUGCCACGUCUGCAAAACAUCAGAAAACAUCAGCCAAAAAUGUAAUGUCAAAGUUUAACGGUGAACUUGAAGCACAACUUUUGAAAGCAAAUCCCAUUCUUGAAGCGUUUGGAAAUGCCAAAACAAUUAAAAAUGAUAAUUCUUCACGUUUUGGUAAAUUUAUUCGUAUUAAUUUUGACACAUCUGGAUUCAUUGCUGGAGCUAAUAUUGAAACAUAUCUUUUAGAGAAAGCUCGUGUUAUUCGUCAGGCAGUGGAUGAACGCAGCUUCCACAUAUUUUAUCAGCUUUUGGCAUCAGCUACUCCAGCAAUGCAACAACAACUAUUAUUAAAUCAUGCUAGUGCUUAUCGUUUCCUUUCAAAUGGUAUGAUCGAACUCCCGGGGAUCGAUGAGCAACAAUUUUUCCGUGAAACAACCGAAGCCAUGGAUAUAAUGGGAAUUAAUAACGAGGACCAAAAUGCCAUAUUCCGCGUGAUAUCUGCUGUGCUUCAUCUAGGAAACUUAGAAUUUCGUCAGGAACGAAGUUCUGAUCAAGCAACUUUACCAGAUCAUUCAGUCGCUGAAAAGGUAUCCCAUCUUCUGGGUAUCCCUCUGAAUGAAAUGGUCAAAGCGUUUUUGAAACCGCGCAUCAAAGUUGGGAAAGAUCUGGUGUCAAAAGCUCAAACCAAGAUGCAAGUGGAAUUCGCUGUUGAAGCGAUUUCAAAAUCUAUUUACGAAAGGCUCUUUCUUUGGUUAGUCGCACGAAUAAAUAAAACACUUGACAAAACUAGACGACCGGGUGCAUCAUUUGUCGGGAUUCUCGAUAUAGCUGGUUUCGAAAUCUUCCAAGUGAAUUCUUUUGAACAGCUAUGCAUUAAUUAUACGAAUGAGAAACUUCAACAACUUUUUAACCAUACAAUGUUUAUCUUAGAACAAGAUGAGUAUACUCGUGAAGGCAUACCAUGGGAAUUUAUAGACUUUGGACUUGAUUUGCAACCGACAAUCGAUCUAAUUGAACGACCUAUGGGUAUCUUCGCCUUGUUGGAUGAAGAAUGCUUCUUCCCUAAGGGAACUGACAAGUCGUUUGUUGAGAAACUCAUCAAAUCUCAGGAUAAACAUCCAAAACUGUGUAAAACUGAAUUUCGAUCUAAUGCUGAUUUCGGUGUUAUUCACUAUGCUGGUCGAGUUGAAUAUAAUUCAAAUCAAUGGCUAAUGAAAAAUAUGGAUCCUCUCAACGAUAAUGUGGUCGCACUGCUUCAGGCAUCAAAUGAUCCAUUUGUUCAGGCUAUGUGGAAAGAUGCCGAAAUUGUAAGCAUGUCAGCCACUACUACGACCGACACCGCUUUCGGUUCUGCUCGUAGUGUUAGAAGGGGAAUGUUCCGUACUGUAAGUCAACUCUACAAAGAUUCACUUAUACGUUUGAUGACUGUAUUGAAAAAUACAUCUCCAAACUUUAUCCGUUGUAUCAUUCCAAAUCAUGAAAAAAAGCCAGGGCGAAUUGAUGGUCCUUUAGUUUUGGAACAACUUAGAUGUAAUGGUGUGUUGGAGGGCAUAAGGAUUUGUCGUCGUGGUUUCCCCUCGCGUAUUCUUUUCCAGGAAUUCAGGCAAAGAUAUGAAAUUUUAACUCCAAAUGUUAUCCCAAAGGGAUUUAUGGAUGGUCGUAAAGCCGUUACUGAGAUGUUGAAGGCUCUCGACUUAAGUCAAGACGUCUACUGCAUUGGUCAUGGUAAAAUAUUUUUCAAAGUUGGUGUUCUGGCUCAGUUAGAAGAAGACCGUGAUAUACACUUGACUAACUCGAUCAUUAAAUUCCAAGCAUAUGUUCGUGGUUAUCUAGCCCGACGAGCUAAGGAACAACGCAUACAAAACAUUCAAGCUAGCAAAAUAAUCCAAAGGAAUUGUGAUGCUUACCUUAAACUGAGAAAUUGGCCCUGGUGGCGUUUGUUUACAAAAGUUAGACCACUUCUUACUGUUACUCGCCAAGAAGAUUUGGUCGCUGUUAAAGAAGAAGAGCUUCGGAAGAUUCGUGAACAAAUGGAAAGAGUUGUCAAUGAGCUUAAUGAAUUGCAAAGAUCCUACGAAAAGUUAAGCAAUGAGAAAGUCCAGCUAAAUGCUGAAUUACAACAAGAACACGAUUCAAAUCAAAAUUUACAGACAGAGCGUGAUCGUCUACGCGAAAAAUUACAAACUUUAGAAGAAGACUAUAUGGAACUUGAGAAUAGAGAUAGUGAAGAAAAAUUAAAAUUACAUAACCUGGAAGCUGAACAAAAACGUCUGUUAGAACAGAUAUCAGAUUUAUCAGAUCAGUUAGAAUUGGAAGAACAACAACGCCAAAAAUUACAAGUUGAAAAGACAUCUAUCGAACAAAAAGUUUCUCAACUUAACGAUGGCUAUGUUAACAUUGAAGAUAAAUAUAAUAAACUUGUUAAAGACAAAAAGCAGUUGACUGAUCGAAUAAAUUUGUUAACUAGUCAGUUAGCAGAAGAAGAAGAGCGUAGUAAACAAUUAACUAAACUUAAAAGUAAAUAUGAAAGUAACCUUAAUGAACUUCAGGAUAAACUUGUCCGUGAACAAAAAUCUCGUCAAGAUAUCGAAGUGGCAAAAAGACGACUUGAAACUGAGGCUUCCGAACGUCUAGAUCAAGCAUCGGAAUCGUCAAGGAUUGUUGAGGAGCUCCGAGCCACAGUGGCUAAACUUGAGGCAGAAGUUGCUCAAUUACAAAAUCGAUUAGAUGAAGAGAUUGUUGACAAAGCUGUGGCACAAAAAUCAGUACGAGAAUAUAAAUCACAUAUUCAAGAACUCAAAGAAGACUUAGAAGCUGAACGAAUGGCUCGUGACAAAGCUGAUGAAGCUAAAAGAGAUCUGACGGAAGAAGUGGAGGCGAUGAGAUUAGAACUCAUUGACAGUGGAACAAACAGCGAGGCACAAACUCAAGCUCUCCGAAAAUAUGAAUCUGAUUUAUCCAACCUACGUCAUCAGCUUGAAGCUCAGUCAAACGCACAUGAAGCUACUAUUCAAGAAAUGCGCAAAUCUCAUGCCGCAACUCUAGAAACAUUAAACGAUCAAAUUGAACAACUUAAAAAAAGUAAAGUUUCUUUAGAAAGAUCAAAAGUCCAACAAGAUUCAACAACUAAUGCAUUACAGAAACAAAUUCAAAGCCUUAAACAAGUCAAAACGGAAAUUGACAAACGUCGUCGUCAAGUUGAACAGCAACUAAAUGAAAGUUUAGUCAAAAUGCAAGAAACAGAAAUGCAACGUAAUGAUUUAGAGUCCAGACUCACUAAAGCAUUGAAUGAAAUUGAAGGUUUGAAUAAUGCGAUGGAAGAAAUCGAAACUAAAUUAGGCAAGGUCUCGCGUUCUGAAACCUCUGCACAAUCUGAGCUCAAUCAUUUACGUGCACGUUUAGAAGAAGAAACUCAGGCAAAAUUAAGCUUACAGUUACAGUUACGUCAAGUAGAGGAUGAAAGAGAAACAGUAAAGGAUUCACUUGAUGCUGAAGAACAAGCCAAAACUGCCCUAGAGAAACAUGUUAUAGCACUUACUACUCAGAUGCAGGAUGCAAAGAAAAAAGUGGAGGAAGAUUCAAAUUAUUUGGAAACCUUGGAAGAUGCACGCAAAAAACUUCAACGCGAAUUGGAUGAUACCCGGAAUCGUAAUGAAGAACUUGUUUCACAAGUUGAAAAGUUAGAGAAGUCACGCAAGAAAUUACAAAGUGAACUUGAAGAUAUGAAUCAUGUCAUGGCUAGUCAACGAUCUGAUCAAGCUAAUAAUGAACGUCGAAUCAAGAAAUUAGAAUCAACUCAUGCAGAAACUGUUAAUCAACUUAAUAGUUUUCAGGCUCAAAAAGAUACAUUUUAUCAAGAAAUGCUUGAAAAAGACACAAAAUUAUUCACACAAAAGAAUGAAAUGGAGAAGCUUAAAGAACAGCUAGAAGAGUCAGAACGCGAGCGUUCAUUACUCGCUCGUGAAUUAGAAGAACUUGGUUCUCAUGGGGAUGAUGCUGGUAAGAGUUUAGUAGGGUUGGAACAAACGAACUAUCGUCUAAAUGAACGAUUAAAAGAAACUCAACAACAAAUAGAAGAACUAGAAGAUGAGAUCUCGACAUUUACCAUGGAGAAACAACGUGCAGAGGUUCAAAUGAAUGCUGUUCGCACUCAACUAGAACGAGAAUUGGCGUCUCGCGAUGACUUGUUCGAAGAACAAAGACGUCAAUCUCUUAAACGUAUAAGAGAACUUGAAACUGAAUUAGAAGAAGAACAAAGAGAGCGUGCUAGUCAUCUUAAUGUUCGCAAAAAAUUGGAAACUGAUCUUGCAGAUAUUAGUCAACGCUUUGAAUUAGCGAAUCGACAAAAAGAAGAAGCUGUAAAACAAUUGAAAAAAUACCAAGGUGUUACUGGUGGCAUUCAGCGUGAACUUGAAGAUGCUGCCCGUGCUCGUGAUCAAGCUAUAGAUUCUGCACGAGAAUUGGACAAGAAAUAUCGUAUGCUGGAUGCAGAUAAAGCUCGACUUCAAGAAGAUUUAGGUGUAAGUGAAAGAACUUGUCGUAAUCUAAAGAGUGAUUUAAAUGAAGCUUUGGAGGAGUUAUCUAUUGCGAAUAAUGCCAAAACUUUAGCACUGGAAGAAAAGAAGCGUUUAGAAGCUCGUAUUACUGCCUUAGAGGACCAACUGGAAGAAAUACAAAGUGCCAUGGAUGCUACAGAAGAGCGCCACAAACGAGUCUACUGUCAAAUGGAACAAGCUCAGACAGAUUUAAGCGUCGAGAAGAAUAACUUCUUACGUUCAGAGUGUCAGAGAGUCUCUCUUGAAAAACAGGUGAAAGAAUUACGCGAUAGGCUAGUUGAAGCUGAAAAAGAAGGAGGUCGUCGUGGUAAAGCUCAAAUUGCAACAUUAGAAGCUCGUUUGACAACCUUAGAUGAGCAGCUAGAAGCAGAAAAACUAGAGAAGUUAAAUGCAAAUAAAAAUUUCCGCAGAGCUGAAAAGAAAUGCAAAGAUUUAAUCCUCCAAAAUGAUGAUUUGAGACGAUGUGCAGAAGCAUUGAAGGAAUCUUUUGAAAAAGCUCAAUCUUCAUGUAAACAAAAUAAACGAGAAAUUGCAGGUCUUGAAGAAGAGAACGCUAGAAUCAAUGCAAGAUGUCGCCGCCUCCAAAGAGAUUUGGAAGAAGUAAUGGAAGCUAAACGAACCAUUGAACGAGAUCUACAAAAUCUUCGUAAACUUAGUCGAAAUACGGCUCGUCCAAAUCGUCAAUUGCCGACAGUACUUUCAACACUUUCACCUGAUGUUACAGUAGAUGAACAUAAUUCAGUGAAUGAAUUGGAUUCUAUGACUAGUGAUUUUGGAAGCAGUGGAUCAGUUGCUACUCACAACAAUAAUGCUUCUACGCCUUCAGCUAAUGACAAUUGAAUUUUUUUCUAUUAUCUACAAACUAUUAUCAUUAUUAUUAUCACAAAAUAUCACUGGGGAAGUUUUGUUUUACUUUCCUAUUUUUAACCUAUUUUGGGCAACUCAUAGUACACAAAUACACUGUUACACAAUUUGCACGAACAGCUAUACACUUUAUCUAUGGUAUACUACUAUUAUGGCUGGUGUGUUAUUUUUCUCAUCACUACAUCACAAUUUCCAAAGCCAACCUGUUUACUCCGCGUGCAUAUAUAUACGUUAAUGUGUAUGGCAGUUGUUCCAAUUCUCUAUUAACUAACACUACAAGUAUUAUUAUCUUGAUAAUCAUGGUUGCUUUAUGUAUCGGAAGAAUUUUCAUUCCUUUACACUAAGGUGCGUCUCUAAAACUUCGAACCUUGGUGUUUUCAAACCUCCGAUUUUUUUAAAAAAAAUAGAAAUAAACUUUUUCUAACUUUGUUGGUUUUUUUUGAUGAUUCUGAUUGGAUUUUUAUAAAAAAAUUUUGCCCUUUGCUCCAUUUGUAAAUCAAUGUUAAAACUAACAACAUAUUUGUUAUUGCUUGUUUAAUUAUGAUAUAUAUUUCAACCAUUAUCAGCAGUCAAAUACAUCACUCUAAAUAUGGCACUUAUUACUUUUCUUAAGAUAUGUUCUUUCCUUUUUGUUCUAUAAAUAUUGCGUCCAACCGUCAACAGUUAGAAUUGUUGAAAUUUAUGCUAUCUGCCUGCCUUCUCUGCAAACAAAACUAAUUUAAAAUUGAUAUGAUGUUUUCUAUCUUGAGAUGCGUUUUUAAAAAAAAAUAUAUUUGCACAACCUA